AUACGUACACCCCCUUUCGGAGCAGUCGAUCAUAAAUCCAUACCAUAGAUUGAGUGUCGACUAUCUCCUCCAUGUGGUGAAUGAAAGCAGAAAUUUGGACCCAGAAAAUCAUCAUUUCAGGCCCAUUUUAGCGGAUUUCACCCACAGGAUGAGAUGACCAAUAGUCAUGGUGUAUGGAAACAUUCCUGACCACAUCAAGGCACCUGAGGGUAUUGAACUCAAACCCUCAAAGGUUGACCGUCGAAUAACUGGUGCCUGGUGCACAGCAGAUGUUAAGCAAGGGUCGUUGUUUGGUCCAUUCAAAGGAGAAAUCGUCAAAGAAAAUGAAAGAAAGAAGAUUGAUUUUAGAUAUGCUUGGGAGGUGUAUGACUUGGAGACGAGUGAACUCAUCCACAUUAUAAACGCCACAGACCCGAUCAAUGGAGACUGGACCCGCUAUGUCAACUGUGCCCGUUACCUGGAGGAACAGAACCUGGUGUCUGUCCAGGAGGGCACCCAGGUCUUCUACAAGGCUAUCAGGGAUAUACCAUCAGGGGAAGAAUUGCUGACCUGGUUUGAGAGAAGUAAAAUCAAACGGAAUGGUAGUGGAGACAAAAAUGAGGAGAAGCCCAUCAAAGGAAAAGGUACGCCUAGUCCUAAAAAGAAAAAGACAAAAAGAUCUCGCUCAGACUCGAGCCUCGGAUUGGGAGAAAAUGUUACAAUUGGUGAGAAGCGACAGCGCAAGAAGAAGAAGAUGUUUGGAGAGGUGGAAGAAGUGUCGCUAGCAGAACUCAUUCCAAAGAAGCGAACAAAGCGAAGUGUGGAUUCUAAGGAGUCUUCGACAGAUGAUCCGUCGACUGAAGCCAUCACUACACAGAUCUUCAAUAGCCUGGAUGUGGACACCAUCAAGGUCUACAGUAACAGCACGUCUCACACCGGCUCUCUGUUCCUGGAGGACAAGAGGAAGAUGAAGGAGAUUGAGGAAGACUGGAGGUACCCCCCUAGGUGGCGGGAGUAUCAGUUUGGAUUCCUGAAUCGCAUCACAACCAGUGUCAACAAUCGACGCAUGUACAAGUGUAAUAUAUGCGGGGGAUUGUAUCGGCACAAGUUCAGUCUUAAAAGGCACUACUUACGCAAUCACAUAAACUGUCAGUAUCUCAGUAAAGCUGCUGUCACAAACUGUAUGAUCUCGGUGUCCACGCAGUAUCUUUCAAUGGUGGAAGAAAAUGGAGAGGAAAUGGUGGACAGGAUACAGAGUCUGAUUUUUAACAGUACAAAUGAUAGUGACACAAAUCCAAACUAUAAAUCGGAUGAUGCAAACAACGAUACAAACGAAGAGGAAGGGCUCAAUGACACAGCCAGCAAUGCUGAGGAAACUCUGGAAGAGUCUGCAUCUGACAUUAAUCCCGAUGAAAAGUAUUCUGAAACGGGCCUGUUCCCAGGCUUAUACCGCUGUAAUGCAUGCAACAGGUUGUAUGACAAGGCGCCCGAGCUCGCGGACCACUUAAAAGAACACUCUGAAGUUCCUGAUUCCAAAACCUUUGCCUGUGGUCUUUGUAACAUGACAUUCAAGUUCAAAAUGAACCUUGUGCGGCAUCAACUCGUCCACGAAGGGAAAACCUCUGGCAGUGGUUCUCUGGGAACCAGUAAAGAGAAAGUAAAGAUAGAACCAGUCAAUGACAGUGGGGAUCCUAACCGGCCUUUCAUGUGCUCCCAGUGUCCAAUGAAGUUCAAGUAUGCCACCAAUUUGGACAAGCAUGAAAUUGUGCAUUCAGAUGAUCGUCCAUGCAAGUGCACAGUUUGUGACAAAUCAUUUCCUUCCAUGACCAACCUGAAGAAGCACAUGAACAUCCACACUGGCUGUAAGGUGCCCUGUAGGUACUGCGAGGCGGUCUUCUCCCAUGUAGGGGCCCUCAGGAAGCACAUCCGACUCCUCCAUCCCACCAUUCAUCGGGAGCGACUACUUAAACUGUUGGAGAGACAGGGAAAGUUAGGCACCAAGGCUCACAAAUAUCUAGAUAAUAGUUACGAAAAUGAGAACAGUAAGUCAUCCGAGCAUGGAAGCACCUACACCAGUUCCAAUGAGGGUGAGAAAGAGAUCAAACCCAAAAAGGAAAAGAGGACAAAGACAAGGAUUGAGGAUGGAAUCGAUUCCAGAUUCAAAUUUUCUUGCACAAUUUGUAAAAAGAGAUUCACUGAGUAUGUGAACAUGUGUCGACAUCGCCGCAUGGCACAUGAAACUCCAGACGAUGAAAACAACAGCAAUGCCAACUCAGAAGGAAGCUCUGAGUCAGCUAACAUUGUGGUGGAGAAUCCAGAAGCAAUUGCAGCCUUCUUUGCUAAUGUGGCCUACAACAUCGCAGAGAACUUGACCUGUUACUUAGACGGGGGUCAGGAAGCAAUAGAGGCCUACAGUAAGAGAGAAGAUGAAGAAGUGGAUGUUGAAAAUACAGAUGAAGACAAAAAAGUGGAAGAACCUCAUAACAUUGCCUUGCACCAGUACAACUUUCCUCACAGCUACAACCCUCGUCUGCUCCAGGAGAACUUUGAGUAUUGUCCUUUGGAUCCAUCAGAACUGAUGAAGAAGUAUGAGAAAGAGGUGCCAAGUUAUUUUGAUGUGAACAUUGAUGAGAAUUCUCUGGAUGAUCGUGGACCUGCACUCUGUACACGCAGAAGGAACUCAAAGGACAGCAAGGAUGACAGCAGGGACAGUAUCUGGGGAAACAGGUUUGAUGGCAGUUUUACAAACUCACCUGCCAAAUCUGAAAGGAGCCAAUCGCCAAUGUUGAAGAUUGCAUCUGUUUACUCUGGGAAGGAAGCAGCCAUGUUGAUCCCAGGGACACCUAAGAAGGGUGCACCUACUGAGGAGGGGGGCAAGGACUCCAAGGUCAUUACUAUUGACCCAUUGGUGACACAAAAUUCCAGCACAGAAAAAGAGAAUGAAUCUGAAAAAGGAUCUAAUAAGGAUGAAGAACAGAAAAGUGUUGUAGUUACACAGGGGGAAAGGAACGUAGAGAAAAAUGGAUCAGAUAACAAACAGACCUCUGAACUCUCUCAGAAACAAACUGAUGAGGAAACAUCAACAACAAAGAAUGCUGAAAAUAAAUCAGAAGAAAGUGAAGAGGAAAGUAAAACAACAGAGUCCUCAGAAAGCAAGGUUACACCAGAAAAAAUGGAGAGUCAGGACCUUGGAAAUGGUAAUAGCAGUCCUGGAGACAUCAACGGAAACAGGAAGCAAGUGAAGGUCGAUUCCCAGGAAUCUGAGAAGCAGGGUCAGUCUGAAAACCCUGAACCAGAGCCCAAGGAGAAGGAGGAGAGUGAACACACUCCCAGGAAACAUAUCUUUAAGAUCAUGGAGUACAGUAAACUGAAAAAAGGAGGUCUAACAGUGAUACGCCACGGUGAACUAGAUGAAGGGAAGAACAAGAGUGCAGAAGUGAAAAAAGAUAAGACUGUUGAAUCCAAAACCUCUGUCAGCAGUGAUUCAUCAAACACAGUGCCAUGUGACAAGGCUGCCUUGAAUUCUGAGAACAAGUUGCAGAUAAAUGAUAUGUCCAGCGAUGACAGUAACUCGGGGAUUCUGCUGGUAGACUUGUUCACAGACUCGGACUCUGAACAGGCAAAUAAGGAUCACGAGCUGAUGCUGCAGGGUCUUGAUUUGGCCAGAGGAGCAAAGGACAAAAUGGAGAAGAAAGCCAGGUCCUCCAGUGUAGGGAACUCUCCUCAGAGGAGCCCAUUGUAUAACUAUGAGACCAUCAUGUUUGGAAAGCUGGGAGAUACAGCGUAUGUCUGCUCAGUGUGUAAGCGACAUUAUCCAGACUUUGACAGGUUGAUUCGUCAUCAGUGGAAGAAGCAUCCUUCCAUUUACUGUGAUUUCAUGGAGGUUGAACAAGGCCAUGAGAUAGAGAGUCUGUAUUACUCCAAGCCCUGUCAUAGAGGGCUCCUGGGGUCGUCAGGGAAGGCCCUGGAGAGAGCCAUCAACAUACCAUCCUACACAUGUACCCGGUGUAGAGGCUCGUUCAAGAGUGUAGACCGGCUCAGAGUCCACAUCAUUAACUGUGCCACUCCUCAACCCUCUCCCAAAAAGAAGAAAUCUUACUACAAACGCAAAACGCCAAUAAAGACAGAGAAUGGGGAGAUAGAAAGUCCAUCCAAACUGGCCAGUCAAGUUAAUUUGAAAGAGCUCAACUCUAGAAUGAAAGAGUUUUCUUCCAAACCAGACAAAAAAGCAGACAGUGUAGUACGAGAGAAUUCAUUAAUGGAGCAAGAGGAGAAGUUUUCAGCUGGAGGCAAAGUUAAUGAAAGACCAAAAACACCUACACAAAAAGUGGUUACUGAGAAGAGAGUGUCGACAGAGAACACCCCUGAAAAGACAGAAGCAAAAGCAGAAGAGAAAGAUGACACAAAACAAAGUGAGCAGAAAACAACUAAAUCUCCAUCCAGUAAAGCAGGUAGCAAAAGAAUCAUGGUUGAAAAGAAAAUACCAAGCCCUGUCAAAGAAAAUAGAUUGUCUGGAGGGAAAAGUAAAGAAACAGCAGGCAAAAAAGCAGUUCAAAGAAAGUCACCAGUAAAACUCAAAAGUGAGCAAAGUAAGGCAGGAAAAAUGGCCGACAGUGCUCAGCAGAAAAGAAUGAGGAGAGGUCGCGACAUUGUGAUCUACAAUCCCAGAAAUCACAUCAGGCGAAGAGAGUUGUCAGAGGUGCUUGACAAGCAGCAGUGCAAAGGUUGCGGGGUCAAAUUCAAGACCAUCUCAUUGUUGGAGAGACAUGUGAAAAAAUGUGAUGAAAAGGACAAGUUCAAGGACAUCAAAAUGAUUAAAUCCAAUGUAAAUGAGGAAUUUCAUCAGAAACAGAGACAUGUGUGUUUUUAUUGUAAUAAGGGCUUCAUCUAUCCCAAGUCUUUAAUGAAUCAUUUCAAGGCUUUCUGUGUAGUGAAGAAAGAACGUGAGUCAAAUGGUGGGUUGUCAGAAGAAGAUAAAUCUACUGAGGCCACAAUGAUGAAGCGACUCAUCCAGCAAGAAGAAGAUCGCAAAGUUACAAACGAAGAGUUCGAUGAUACAGACAGAAAAAAGGGAGGCUGGCCGCGUGGAAAGAAGAGAAAACACAGACGAAAGAAUCACUCCUGGACAAUAAUCAAACAGCGGAAGUCUUCAAGCAAUGGACAAGAUAUGUUGUCAUCUGUGGGUGAUUUUAUUGAAGAGCAAGAGAAGGGAAACUCUGAGAAUGAAGAAGAUCAGCAGCCAGUUUCUGAACAACCUUCAAACUCUGAUGGAAAUACAAAACAAUCCAUGACAGAGAAACCACAAAAUAUGCCUAGAACACCUCAAAAGCCAGGAAUUAAGAAAGAAUCUGUUACACCUCAAGCAGGUGACCUUGUUGAAGAAUUAAACUCAGAACCUAAAGGAAAAAAGGGGAGAGUUCAGACUGGAAGAACUGAUAUCACAAUGUCUGGUGCAGCUCCCAGGGGCAAGAGGAAAACUGAAGUGCUGGCCAAACCUGAGGUCGGCACAGAGGACAAAACAAGUGUAACAUCCUCCCCUGGAGAGGUGAAGAACGACGAGACACCGCUGCCAAGGAAACGAGGCCGGAAAAAAAAUGUAAAGAAUGGAAGUGAAGAUUCACCAAAGAGCAUGGAGGAAGAAGUGAACACAAAGAAAUCUAAAGUGGACGACGUAUCAACAGCAUCCAGUGUGGCACUAACUAGAGAGGCAAAAACAAAGAAGGCCAGAGGUGAUAACUCAGCCAAGGACAAUGCUCAAGUCACAGAGGGGAAGGCAAAAAAAGCCAAAGAUGAUACACCCCAAGAUGAGGAAGGUUCAUCGAAGGAAACAUUGCAGAAUCAAUCUGGUAAAACAAAGAAAGGCAAGCUGUUGUUUACUAACCCUGACAUGAAGUUUGUGACAAUGAAGAACAUAGUGAAGAAAAGUGGUAGUGGGGGUUCCCCGGUAAAGACUGCAGAAAGGGAAGCAGAUGAGGAGAGCGAGAAAGCCACGCCCAGUAAACUUACAUUCCAUAUUUAUGACUCUAAUAGCUUCAAGAAAAGAAAAACUGUGGCUGCGGCUGGUCCCGGAGUGGAGAAAAAGUUUCACAUAAUGCAGCCGGGGGAUUUCGCAGGGAAAAAUAGUAAUGAGGGAGAAAACAAUAGCAAGGUAGGGGAGAAGGGGAGGAAAAGUGGGGAUGGGAGAAAAGUAGCCCAGGGAGGGAGGGUGUCUGAAAUGAAGGGGAGACAGGAAAAGGGUCAGGUUGCUAAUAAUGGGGGUCAGGUAGAAUUAGAACCACAGGGGGAUGUGGGUGAGGGCCUAGCAAAUGUGGGUGAGGGCCUAGCAAAGAAAUCCACUGGGUCCAAUAAGAUUAAAGGCAUCGUGAACAAAAAGCCUGAUACGCUGCAAUUCCAUCAAGUGGACAUGGCAGCAAUGAAGAAUAAGAAAGGAAGCCAGAGGCUGAAGAAGAAGUAAAACAACCCUGUGAUGUGAGAAGCUGCAAUAUCCUUAAUCUGACUGCUAGUAAAAUGUGUUAACUCAUAUUAAAUCAGUUUAAGCGAUUUUUUCUUGUAUUUCCUCUAUUUGAUAUGAUUAUACUUGUGUUCAUUAAUAUUUUGGUGCUUUGUUUUAAUUAAUGUGUGAUGUGUCUCUUAGAGAAUCUGCAUUGAUAUCAUUACCAUAUCAAAAAUGUUAACAGAAGGGGUACUGAAUGUUUUAAUGAAUUGAAAAUGAAUAGCAAGCCUGCAAGAGUAGUCUUUCUUGUACUUUGGUAGGAUUUUUUUAUUCCAAUGUACCUAUUUUUAAGGAUGUUUUUGUUUCAUAAAGAGAAUGUUUACUAGCAUUGAAUGUUUAUGAGGAUAAAUUUUAUUACAUUUCAAUCAAACAUUUUGCCUCAUGGUAUUAAUUUGUUGUGGUGUAAUUCUAUAAAAAUGUGUAUAUCUGUUGAGAGAUGAUUUUAUUUUACUUCAAGAGUAUGAAAAUAUUAAAUGUG